UCUUCUUCUUCAAUCAGAGACUUUAGCUGUUAAAUCCUUCAACUUUUCGACUCCUUGAGCUUCCUUUUCACUAUCGAUUUGUGGUUUCUCGCAGAACUAUUACAAGCAGAUAAAGAGACGAGAGAUCAAGUUAAAGAUCAUGGUAUCGUACGUGACAAUGGUGGUGGUCGUGGUUACAGUGCAGUGGUUUGGUUGCAACUUCGCAGAAGGGUAUCCGGAAGAAGACUUGGUGGCGAGGCUUCCUGGUCAACCAAAAGUCUUAUUUAGACAGUAUGCAGGUUAUGUGGAUGUUGACUUUGAAACAGGCCGCAGUCUCUUCUACUACUUUGUGGAAGCAGACACACACCCGGAGAUCAAACCCUUAACCCUUUGGCUUAAUGGAGGUCCAGGUUGUUCAUCAGUUGGUGGAGGAGCUUUCACUGAGUUGGGUCCAUUUUACCCAACAGGAGAUGGCCGUGGCCUCCGCAUUAACUCCAUGUCUUGGAACAAAGCGUCGAACCUCCUCUUUGUGGAAUCUCCGGCGGGUGUAGGAUGGUCCUACUCCAACACAAGCUCUGAUUACAACACCGGGGACGAAACUACUGCAAACGAUAUGCUUGUGUUCUUGUUAAGAUGGUUCAGCAAGUUCCCAGAGCUGAAAGCUCGCGACUUCUUUCUCACUGGGGAAAGCUACGCAGGACAUUACAUACCUCAACUGGCUGAUGCUAUACACAGCUAUAAUAGACAGUCAAGUGGGUUCAAGAUCAAUGUUAAAGGAAUUGCAAUUGGGAAUCCGCUCCUAAAGCUUGACACAGACACUUCAGCUGCUUACGAAUUCUUAUGGUCACAUGGGCUUAUUUCUGAUGAACAUAAACACGCAAUCAUCAGGCAAUGUGACUUUACCAGUCUCCCAAACAUAAGCAAGGCUUGCAUCGAGGCUCUCACUGAAGUCAGCUUCGUUACUAAGUAUGUCAACGUCUAUGACGUUCUCCUCGACCUCUGCUUCCCAUCUAUUAUUGAGCAGGAGUUGAGGCUCAAGAAAAUGGCUACACAGAUGAGCAUGGGGGUGGAUGUUUGUAUGAUGCACGAAAGACAGUUCUAUUUCAAUCUCCCUGAGGUGCAACACGCUCUUCACGCGAACCGCACUCAUCUACCUUACCGAUGGUCUAUGUGCAGCACUGGCAUCGACGGGAAUAUUAACAUGCUUCCGAUUCUUAAGAGAAUUAUACAGAACAAAACUUCUGUUUGGAUCUUCAGUGGAGAUCAAGAUUCUGUAGUUCCACUUCUUGGUUCUAGAACUCUCGUACGAGAACUUGCUCAUGAUCUCAACUUCAGUACCACACUUCCCUAUUGACCUUGGUUCCACAAAGACCAGGUUGGUGGCUGGGUCACCGAGUAUGGAGAGCUAUUGACGUUUGCAACGGUGAGGGGAGCGGCUCAUAUGGUGCCCUAUGCGCAGCCCUCACGAGCUCUGCAUUUAUUCAGUGGCUUUGUGCGUGGCCGGAGAUUGCCCAAUAACACACAUGAAAGAGGAGAGAUCUCUUUAUUAGAUAUAUUCAGUUAGGAUUGGUAUUAACUAUUAAAUGGUGAGCUUGUUAACCACCUAUAUAAUUACACUUAUUGUAUGAAAGCUUAUAUUCAUCGGCAGAACCUUGCCUAAAGAUUUGAUAUGAUGUUGUCA